GGGAGGGGCCGCACUGCCAUGGCGGCGGUGGCGGUGGGCAAGGCGGCGGGAGCGGCCUACGGGCACGGCGAAAGCAGCGGCGGCAGCGGAGGCUUCCUGGGGCCGCGGGUGCCGGCCGAGGUAGAGGCGAUGGCCCGCGGCCUGCAGGAAGUAGGCAAGGAGACCUUCCGCCGCCUGCUGAAAGUCACUGUGAAUGCAUUGGAAGGAAAAGACUGCAAGGACUCUGUCAAGCUGAUUGCAGAAAGCACCGAUCUCUCCGAAGAGCAGCUUGCUUUCCUCAUUUCUGGCAUGUAUACCCUUCUCCGAGAAGCACUGAGACUCCCCUUAUCAACUUUCAAACAAGAGGUUUUUAAGGAAGACCUGAAGGAGCUCAGGAUACCAGAAGAUUUCAUCACGGACUUUUCCAGUAUUGUCUUUGGUAACAGGCGUCCUGUUUCUGAAGGCACAGCUCUGAUGCAAGCAAGUAGGCUGCCAAAUGUCCAGGACUUCAAGUGGAGAGUGGACGUAGCUAUAUCCACAAGUUCACUGGCCCGUGCUCUUCAACCAUCCAUUUUAAUGCUGAUGAAGCUUUCAGACGGGACAGCUCAUCGCUUUGAAGUGCCAGUUGCAAAGUUUCAGGAGCUGAGAUACAACGUAGCCCUUAUCCUGAAGGAAAUGAAUGAUUUGGAGAAAAGAAGCAUACUGAAAAUCCAGGACUGAACGCUUCUGAACUGUGAUGUUAACAGAUGUGAAACCUUCAGUGAAUUUUGUGAAGGGUAAAGCAUGGGACCAUCACCACUUUGCCUGUCUUAUAACUGCAAUGUAGCAUUUAUUAUGUCUGCUGUAAAUAUUUUUUUUCUAUUCAAGUGUUAAAAGCACAAGCUCUUUUCUUAAGACUUAGAAAAAAAAACAAAAAAUGUAUUGAUGAAACAGUAUAAUCCAAUUUGCAAGCAUUUUUUGCAUGAUUCACCAAAACAUUUUUUAAAUAACUGUCUUAAAUGUAAGAAUCAUUUCUUCCUGAUUAUGAUUCAUCACUCUAAUUAUUUUUGAAAGCCUGCUACCGGAAGUACCAUCAGUGUAUAUCAGAAGAAAGCCCUGCAACGUGUCAAAUAAAGAAUACAACAACGACUAUCGUGCUGUAGUGUGACAAAUGUGAAUUUGAGCUUGGCAUAAGUAAAAUUGCUGUCUGACUGCGUGAUAAGUGACUGACUCAAGUAUAGGUACAUAUAUUCAAAAGCUAAUUUUGAAGAAAAGUGGGAGUCUGGAGAUCAAGAAAGAAGCAUGGACUGAACUAAUUCAGUGGAAUUGCAGAAGAGGAAAUGUGUAAGUCUUUACCUGGAUGAUCAGUAUGCACUAAACAGGAGUAAUCUUGUAGAUUUCUAAAUGGGAAUGCCUGCUUUGUUUCACAUAUUUCCCAUGUGUGUCAGCUGAAUCGUCUGAGUCUUACUAUAGGGCAGAAAUCUCUAGCAUGGUGAUGAUAUCCAGCAGCAGAAGACAGUAGCAUUGUACAUCACUACAGCUAAUAUACUCCUUAGUGUCACAAGCCAGACCCCAGGAUGAGGAGGCUUUAUACAGCCCCUGGGAUGAAAGUCAGAGGUGAAAGUAUAUCCAAACAAUACCUGGGUCAAUAAAAUAAUCGAGCAGGAGCUGAAGGCUCCGUUGCUCCAUUUGUAAAGCUUGAAAGAACUCUCUUAACUGGAAGCAUAUGUUUUAAGUAUCAUUUAAACUCAGUGGGACCACAAAUAUGUCCCAAAGGGCUUUGCUAAGAAGGAAUGCAUUCCUGAGUCAGUGCCUGAAAGAGUUUUCCCCCAAGAAUAAGGAUAUGGAGACUGAACAGCUAAAUAGCACAGCUCAUGGGCCUUGGCACAGGGUUUAUGCACCUGUCACAGGUAGUCUAGAAUACGUAUGCCACUACAAUUGUUAAGCAUUGGAUUUUCUAGCUGCUUACCAAGGAAGCCUAUCUCAGUAGUACCACCCAUACUUGUCUCGUUCAUUUUGUGUAGAACUUGCUUUUAUCACCCUCAUUCCUGGGAGGAGGAAAAAAAGAAAAAGAAAAAAAAAAGCUACUGAAUAUAAUAUUGUGGAUUCGGGAAGGCUUUUACACUUCCACAGGUGUUCUUGUAGGAAAGAAUAACUUGGCUCUUGGGUUUUACAAAUCACACUAGCCAUAAGAUGAUAUUGUCCUGCUUUUUAAGAGGAGUCUUCUUUGAUAGAAGUCCCUGCCAAUGUACAGACACAUGAAUAGUCGCAGUCCUGAAAGCCUAACAAGCCUAUACGUGAAGUGUCCUGUAGUUUCAUAUAAACAUGUUGUGUGAUUUUGAACUGUUCAAAAGCCACAUGUUCUGUUUGCUGUCUUUGUAGGCCACUUAUCAACUUCCCAGUUUGAUUCAUGUACCUUAAUUGCUCUGUGUAGCUCACAGGAAAGCAAAUAAAAACAAAUUAGCCCCUAUAACUUCAAGGGGACUGUAGAUUGCAUUAAUUUGUUUUUUGCUUUUUGGUUUUGCUUUGUGAAGUUUGUUCUACUUUUUACUGGAAACACAUUAUCACAAAGUGGGAAACAAAACAUUCUCUUGUUGUAACUUUUUUUUUAAAAAACAUUUAUGUUUCUUAUGUUUUUACGUGGCUUUCAGCUGGAGAAUGUACCUCCACUGAGGCUAUUAGUGAAGUCUUUCAAGACAAAUGGAACACCACGUGAACAUACAGUGCAUUCUAUUGCUCAAGACAUCUGCAAAGUACUUUUUUAUUGGGCAGCGUAGAAGAAUCAAUAUGUACUUUUACGUUCUAGACACAAUAUAUUCGUUUGGCAGUUCUCCUGUGACAGCAGUGGUGUAUGUGCACCAAAAAUGGGCGUGCUUCCUGGCUGCAUGCUCACAUUCUCUGGAAGGGAUGAUGGACCUUACAGUCUCAUUUGUCUUGCUGUGCAUUAUGCAGGAGUUUGCUGUUAUUGGUAGUUUACUGUGCACACUGACAGGUACUUAAACACUUGGGCUUUUCUUAUGUACAAAAGGAGCUAAUUUGAGCAUUGCUUUUGACAGAUUAUCUUUUCACCAAAAUGGCUGGUGAGAAUGUAUGGCAGAUAGUCCCUCAGUUUUGAUAAAAUGAGCCUUCCAGUUGGUGAAUUAUGUAUUAAAUAUUUGUUCAACAUUGAAACAUCUUGAUUUGGUACCAAAAUGCUCUGGAAUUUGAAUUCCACCGAACUUGUCAUGGGAGCAUUGUCAUUUCAUUACUGAAUAAAAAUAACCUUCUAAAACUCUG